CGCCCAGUAGUUCCCAUUUCCAACCAACCAACCAACCAACCAACUAAGUAAGGCUACUCGCUUCAGUUAAACAUGAGUAGGUCUGUCACUUUGAAAGUUAAGAAUCCUUUUAAGACAAAGUCACCGGACAAAGAGGCCAAGGGACCGAAACAGUCCGAUUCGGUCAAAGAUGGAGCAGACGCCACCGGGACUUCACCUGUGGGCCACGGAGACAGCGUCACAUUGCCGGGUGACACUUUGCUUAAUUCGCCAAAGGAAAAAAAGAAAAAGCGAAUGUUGCCGUUCAGGUUAAAACGCAAAAAAUCCAAGAAGAAAGACGACACAGGAGGAGAGGAGUUGUUAUUCUCGGAUGAACUGGAUAGCUUCAGCAGUAACAUGAGCUAUGACCAGAUGAGCGUGUCCACAAUGAGCUCUCUACAGACUGAGUCAGACUGGGACCCUCAUUCAGACUCCAGCUCCAUGAUCUCCUUUAAUAUGAGUCAACCAGGAAGCCCUACUUCACCCUCCAAACACUUUAAGAAUUCCGAGGAGAAAAAGGGAGUGUUGGAACGUCUCAGCCACUUCUUCAGCCCUAAGAAACGGAAGAGCAAAGGCAGCCAGACCUCAGACCCUGCAGUCAAUGCAAGUUGUCCUGAGUCCCCAGCAUCCCCCUUAUCUCCACACUUAGCCCCUCUCGCACAGGAAGAUGGCUUGAAGACUCCUACUCCCUCUCGAAAAAAUGAGAGGCCGACAGAGACAGACCUAGCAGGAAUGGAACAUGGCGACAGGUUUAGCCAAACAUCCAGUCCCAGUGUUUCAAGCGGGGCUUCUUCCUUGACGGCUGAAGGAGAUGUUUCUUUUGCGGGGUCUUUCAGCAGUGGCCGAAGCAGUGUCCGAGAGGUUUCUGUGUGCAGGGUGAGCCCCACCGGUAGUGAAAGGAAUUCAGGGAAUGUGACCCCAACUACUCUGGACUUUGCAAGCACCACUUUUCCAUGUGCUGAUUCAAGCUCAGAGGUAGGCUUUGCUGAGUCAGUGGUGGAGGAAGUAAGCAAGAGACUGCAGAUGAAUUUAGAAGAAAUGACUGUGAAGAAAGCAGAUGGUUUAAGUGUUUCCCCAACCAGCUUAUCAACACUGGAAACCAAGGAUGCAGCUCCUAAAUCGCCAAACUUAAAAUCUAUAAGCUUAGGGACAAAUAAAACUUCAGUUAUAUUUGGAGAAAAGAGUCACUCUAUGACCCUCAAAGGAAUAACUUUGGGCUCUCAGUCAUCAACGUCUCAACUAAUCCCGACUCAAAAGGAGGGUUCUCGAGAUGCCGAGAGUGACAAUUCAGCAAAGAGCCCUUCACUGGAGAAAGAUCAAGUACCCGUUUCUCCUGCGCAACUCUACAAGGCCAUAUUAGUGGAAAUUUACCUGGAAGAGGAGGAGAAAAGAGAGAAGGAGGAGAUGAACCAGGGGGGUAGGACAACGGAAGGGGAGGAGAGCUUUAUACCACUUUCGCCUCCCGUACUGGCCAUACCUGUAACAGUAUUUCCAGAGUAUGAGUUGGUUACUCAGGGGGACACAAACAGCCCGACCCCCUCACCCUCACAGACUUUACUUCCCAUUAGCAGCUUGCCAGAAGUGUCUAUGUCAACUACUGGAGAUUUGCAGGCUACUUUAGGGCAGCCAGAUGAGCCUGAUCCUGGCAUCGACUCAAACAAACACCCCUUUCAGAAAAAACAAAGGUCGAAAGGAGCUUGCGUUACACGCAAGACUGUGAAUUUGCCUUCGAAGCCCAAGGAUGUGGCCCAUGAAGCGCCCGUUUGCCUGAAGUUAAAUUUGGUUGUGAAUGAGCAGGUGGGAGAGGACAGCGGCACAGACUCGGCUUCAAAGGCAAAAUUAUCGGAGCACCUUCAUAAUAAUAAUGAGGAAAGCAGGCAAGCGGAUGUCACAUCAUUCACAGCAACAGAUGAGUCUGCAGACUCGAACACUCCUGGACAUUUAGUUCAGGAAAAAACAGUCUCUGAAGCAUCUGAUUUUGAGGAUACUUCUGCAACACCAGAUAUGCGCAGAGUCAAAUCACACACUGUGGGAUCUAAGCUAAGAGGUAAUGGGGCAAAGCAAGCAACAACCUCUAAACCAGGAGUUAAAGUAGCAGUGGAGAGUCGGCAUGCUACUGGAAGUGAAACAAGGUCCUUAGCAACAGCAGUGGGCGGCAAGGCCAAAAAUGUGACAACAAAAGCAAAGGGCUCCACGGAGGACAUAAAAGUUGCAGCAUCCAAUGAUAUACCACCUCUAAAGCAACAAAGCAAUGGGAAAACCGGUUCUGUGAUAACACCAUUAAAAGACAAAUCCAGUAGUGGUAUCCCAAAGUCUAAAAUUCCCCAAAGGCAAAUAUCAGACAAUAAUACAACAUCAGUAUCAACCGAAAAAACACUAGUUUCAGGGGGCACCACAUCCACUUCCAAAUUACAAGAAAUCGUAAGAACAGCCAAUGAAUCAUUGAAAUCUGUGGUUUCCACAACCAAAAGUGUCCAGAAGCCCAUUUCUGAAGAGGCUAAGAGAGCAAAAGCUAAGUCAGCCGACAGAGAAAAUGUUGUGGAAGGACAGGCAAAAAAUGACAUUGAUAUUGAACUUACGGACUCUGUAAACUUAGUAAAUGGUUUAGAGGAAUACCAAGAAGAAAAUACUAAAAUAGAACAGCCCCUGGAUGGAGAAGACUUAAAUUUCAAAAAGAAGGAUAAACAUACUUCCUUGAUAUCAAAAAGCCGGCUGCCUGUUUCAUCUCCGACAAGAAAAUGGAAUAAUGACGUUUCUAAAAUGAGUGAAACCAACAAGAAAUCCACAUCUCCUCAAGCGGACUCGGAUAAGAGCAAACAAGCCCAGAAGUGCCUAGAACAGCAGGCACUAGGACAUGUGGAAAGACGUGUCAGUAAGACACCUCCUCCCUCUGGAAGUCCAAAGAAAGGCAUCCCAUCACUGAAACCAAUAAGACACAUAUCAAAGACAAGUCCCAACAAUGACAAUAAUGACACACCAGUUGUCACCAGUCAAGAUAAAGAAGAUUCAGAGCUUGUGGAACAACACCUAAAGACUCCAUUUAAUAGUUCUGUGCCCUCAUCUCCAAGCAAACUUCCUACAAAAAGCCAGAGUGCUCACAUUGGUAAAUUGAGACAUCAUCAAAAUUCCCCAAAAGACAAUUUGUCAAGCAUGUGUACAUCUAAAGAUGACAAUGUACGUUUGAAGUGUAACACAGAGACAUUUGCCAAACUAGCACCUAGUACUGUUGCAGGUUGUUCUAAAGACUGUACCACUGAUGGUGAUAAAGUACUUAGUGAGACAAUUGCAUGUAAAUCAUAUACCAGUGAAACCAAAGAGAAAGUGACAGCCGUACAGGGGUUUGAAGAGGCCCUAAGUAGUCCUAAAAAAAACAUUUCAAAGACAAUAAUCCUUAAUAAUGAGAAUACAAUUGUUAAAAUAAAACUUGAAAACAAAGGUAAGCCAGUAAAAGAAGAGGCACACAGUACAAAGACUAGCCGGCAAGUAGAGGAGCAUGAUGUACUGCAACAACUGAUGUCAGAGUCUUCUGAAAAUGUAGCUCAUUUUGAAAGUGACCGCUCUGCACCACAAACACCGGAGAUAUCCUCAGAAAAUGUAAAGGACAACUGCCUUUCGGAGACAGCCCAGCUUACAAAUAGCACAGAACUGGGGUCUAUUCGGGAAAAGGGUGAUUUAGAACCACAGUCUGUGAAAUCUGCCUUUGGUGACAUAAUUCAGCGUGACAUCGUUAUACACUCUCACCAAGAUGGUGGUUCCGUUGAUGGAUUGGUUACACUAACCUCUAAAGAAAAUGCAAAUGUCCGUCCCGUGGAGUCUGCAUCGAAAGGUCAUACAUCUGAAAUCCAAAAAGAAAUUAUAACCACACCUUCCAUUUCGUUAGAUAAAAUAAAUAAUAAAAUGCAGGAUUGUGAAUUAUUUGAAAAGCAAGUGACAGAUAAAGUUCCUCAAAAGAAUAUGUCACCACCAGCACACACGAUAUGUGGAACAAAAACUGUGGCAGGAGAAAAGAAGAGUAAAGAGGAAGUUGGCAAGAAAUCAGCAACGACAAUAGACACAGACACUGAAGCUCUUAGUGAGGCCCCUAAGAAUGUUGAAUAUCAGCUGGAUAAAGAGCCUCUUUUACAAGCACAAAAAUCUGAAAGAGAGGCAAAAGAAUCGAAGUCAAAUGAAAAGCUGAAUGAAUCUUCAGUGAUGGGCAGCGACUGCAUUGUGGCCUUAACCACAGGGAAUGAAGCAGAGACACCUUAUGAAUCAACUAAUGUAACAUCAGAUCAGGAAUAUUUACUGCCAGCUUCAGAAACAAAAACAUUAAACACCCUAAAAAAGAAACAGAUCGAAACACUGACAACAGGAAAAAUGAAUGAAGUCCGUCAACAUACAACCAAGAUGGCGGAUUCCAAAGAAAAUACUGAGAAUUCUGUGAAGGACAAGGUCACAUGUGUGGCUGGGGAACUUCUACAGCAGAUGAAAGUAACGGGGAAAGAGCAACUGGAACCCAAGUUACCUUUAACCAAGGACAAGGGAGCCAGAAGUAAAAAUCAGGACAAACACGGUCAUGUUGAAAAGGCCUGUCAAAGUGAAACUAAGACAACUGAAUUAAUAAAAGAAGAGAGUGGAACAACAAAUACAUUGAUGAAAAGUUCACAAACUAAAAGUACCAUUGGGACUACUAUCUUUGAAGUUAGCAACCAAAAGGACAAGAAGUCUGUGGGCAAAAUAGAUGAGAGCAGUAAAAAAACAGAUGAAAAUGCUGAUCAAGCAACAGAAUCAAUUAUUGAACUACCACAGGAAAGCCCAAAUGGUGACACAGAUGCAACACAGGGAAUAAAAGAACCUGAAAUUAAAAGUUUGGAAGAAGACACUCUAGAAAAAACAGAAUAUGUAACAGCAGAUGGUCCAGAAGUCACAGCACAAGAUACCAAAAAGUCUACGUUGUCCACAAGUAAACCUGAAAGUGUUCAAAGUGACAUAAAAGAGAACAAACAAUGGCUUAAAGUGGAAAUAUGCAACCAAGAAAAUGAGAAGAUGAUGAAUGCCAAGCAAAACAUUGAACAGAAGGAUGGAGAUAAAAAAAACAAAUUAGAUUGCUUGUCUGAUAAGAAGGAGAAAAUGACCAAAGAAAAGAAAACAAAGCUAACACUUGAUGUUGAAAAUAAUAGAGCAGCUAAAGAUCUCAGUGGUUCCAAACGACUGUCAAAAACAGCACUCUGUAGUGCCUCCCCUGUCCCCACUUCUCUGAAAACAUCCACUCCACCUCAAAGUCUUCCACUCAAGAAAGUAUCACCACCUAGCUGGUUGGACGUGGAACAUCAUGGCAAGCAGAAAAAGAACAGGAGGCCCGAUGCCUCAGCCAGUGUGGAUGAAUCUUUUGAGCCUGACGAAUUUGAGCAUUUCAUCAAGAGCAUUAAAGCAGGGGGCAUUCCGUUCUCACUGCCUCCUAAGAAGCACUCCCGUAUGAAGUCCCCAUCUCCUCCUUUUGCCAUGCCAGCCAUUAGGGAGGAUCAUUUUGAGAAAACAUUAGACCCUGAAAAUUUCCAGUUUGGCUUAAAGAAGAAAGGAAAAGGUUUAAAGGACAUUUCACCUGCUAUGAUGCUACAACAAAAAGCAGCUAAACGGGAAGGACGCGCCGUGGAAAAAACCCAUGGACCAAUUGAUUCCACAUCCUCACAAAAAGAGGAAGUGGAAUCCCUCAAUGAGAUAAAAGAUCAAGUCCAACAGGGGGAAAAGAUUGACAAAAACAAUGGCGAGCUGCCUGAGAAGCCAAAAUCCCGACUACAAAGGAUAUCCAUGCUUUCUACCUUACUCCGUUCCCCUUACACCAGUAAGAGGAACAAGGAAGAAGUAGCCUCUGACCUAAAUAACACUUUUCCAUCCAAACAGCAGAACCUGCACUUGCUUGGAAAACAGGAAACAGUUGAUUCAACCUUUCCUGAAGUUGAAUCAGAUAAGAUGGGUGUGACAGGGAGAGGCGCAAGCGCAGCUGUGGGUGGUGGUAAUGGUGCUGCCAUUGAGUCAACACCUAGUCCCUCCCCCGUUCCUCUGACUUCAGUCCCACAAAUCAAACUGCUUGAUGAUGGGGAGAAAAACCUCACAGAGGAAGGAGAGAAAGAGUUUGGCCUGAAGUUCACAAAGAUGCCUCAAACUACACAGAAUUCAGACAGACAUGGUGCUAUGGACCAGACUCAAGCCAAUAAUGCUGUGCUGCCUCCACCCAGCAAAAACAUCCCAGAGACUCCUCGACGGAAAAAGUCUAAGACACCUGUGGUGAGAGGGUUUCACAAAAGACCUGGCAAGUUGUUCAUACAUGAACAUGAGGAGUUUGGAGGAAACAUGUAUGAACUCUGCUGUGACGUCGAGGACGCUACAGGGAUGAAACUGUCAACUGUCAUCUCGGUGCAAGUCAUCAGAGGAUGUUGGCUCCUGUAUGAAAACAAGGGCUUCCAGGGUCGUGUCAUUGCCUUGGAGGAGGGCCAAACAGAUCAAAUAGUGAACAUGUGGGCAGAAGAUGGAGCCCCUAUGACCAUGGAUGAAAAGGGUCACCCUGUCUCAACAACACCCAUGGUCAUCGGUUCUAUUCGAUUGGCGGUAAAGGAUUAUAGCCUACCAAGAAUUGACCUGUUUACAGAAGUCAAUGGCUUGGGAAGGAUGUCACCUUACUGUGAUGAUACAGUGGAAAUUGGCUCCUAUAGGCUCCCACAGGCUACUGGUUCCAUCAAGGUCCAUUCUGGAGUCUGGCUUGUGUACAGCGACCCAGGUUUUGGAGGGUUCGUAGGAGUGCUGGAGGUGGGCGAGUUUCCCCGCCCUGAGUCCUGGGGUUUCCCUCAGCCGUUUGUUGGCUCUCUCAGGCCCCUCCGAAUAGGAGCGAUAAAGGUGGAACAUCCCAAAGAAGUCAAGGCGCUCGUGUUCGAAAAGCCCAAUUUUGAAGGGGAGUGUUUAGAAGUGGAUGGUGACUUGUAUAACUUAAGUGAGGAAGUGGGAAAAGAAGAACCAGGCACUCCACAUAAAACUAAGAAAACUACCUCUACAGUGGGGUCCCUCAAGAUACUUGGUGGUCUAUGGGUUGGCUAUCAAGAAGCAGACUUUGAGGGUCAGCAGUACAUCCUGGAGGAAGGGGAGUAUCCGCACUGUCGUGACUGGGGUGGAGCUGAGGAUGGUCUCCUCUCUUUGCGCCCAAUUUGCACUGACUUCCUUUCCCCUCACAUUAAAUUGUUCAGUGAGCCCAACUUGAAUGCACUGGGGCUCAGUGUGGACCUGAUGGGUCCCGUUGUCAACAUAGAGGAGAUCGGCCAUGGCACCAAAACCCAGUCCAUCAAUGUCCUAAGUGGAGUAUGGGUGGCAUUUGAAAAUCCUGGAUUCAGUGGUGAGCUCUACAUCCUGGAGAGAGGCCUGUACACAAUUCCGGAGGACUGGGGUGCCCAGACCUUUAAAAUAGCAUCGAUCCAACCAGUCUUCAAUGACUCAUUGAUGAACUCCAAGUUCAAGGUGAAGCUGUUUACUGAGCCCAACUUCCAGGGUAAACUGGUGGUCCUGGAAGACAGUGUAACUGCUCUUGGUGAGGACUUUGUGACCAGGUCCUGUAAGGUCUUGGCUGGCAGCUGGAUCGCGUAUGAAGGCGGUAACUUCACAGACAACAUGUACUUGCUUGAGGAGGGAGAAUACCCCGACACUGAGUUCAUGGGCUUCCCGUCCUCAGAUGUGAGGGUGCGCUCCAUGCAGACCACUGGGCACGAGUUGUCUCUGCCCUCAAUUCUGCUAUUCAGCAAAGUGGGCUGCCGAGGUCGGAGGUUGGUGCUGACUAAAGGGGCUGUGAACAUGCACCAGGCAGCCUUGGGAGCUCACAUACGCUCCCUGGUGGUGGAAGGAGGAAAGUGGCUUUUGUAUGAGGGCAGCAACUACCGCGGCCGACAGGUCGUGCUCCAGUCGGGACAAGUGGUGGACUGGUGCAUGUUCAGUGGCUGGAAAGGAGUUGGGUCUCUACGCCCACUGUUGCCGAAACAGAUUUGUAUCCGCCUGCGGAACAAGGAGACAGGUUGUGUGAUGUCAUUGACGGGGGCGCUGGAAGAUAUCCAGCUGAUGAGGGUGCAUGCUGUGGAGGACACAGGAGGGGUGGAACAGCUCUGGCUCUACCGUGACGGACAACUUACUUGCAAGUUGGCUGAGGACUGUUGCCUGGAGACGGCGGGUAAUGUGGUGAUGGCAGGAAGUCGACUGUGCGUGUCUCCUGAGAGAGGCAAAGACAACCAGUUGUGGAACAUCACCUCAGAUGGUCUAAUUUGCUGCCACUUUCAUCCUGACCUGGUCUUGGAGGUCAAAGGAGGUCUUCAGUACGACAAGAACCAGGUGAUCCUCAACACGUUCGAUGAGGGAAAACCAAACCAAAGAUGGACACUGGAGAUCUUGUGAUAUGAGCGGCCGUUCUGUGGCCAGCUCCACUAGUGGACUGUUGGUCUGCGUGAGGCAGCUCCACCGCGGGACUUACUUUCACUCAGACCGAGUGGUACUUUGCACAAUCAUUCUGCACUCUUGUAGCAUUUGGACCCUCCAUAAGGAGGUUCACCAUGUUCUGGUUUUAGAUUUAACAUGAAUUUAACACUUCUAUUUAAUUUCAUUGAUAUUGUUGUCGUUUAGUCUUUUUUUUUUUUUUUUUUUUAAGCUACGCACGUCUCUUUUACAUGUUGAUUGUCAGCCCUGAUUCAAUGCUGCAUACCUCUUGUCUACUUUUGGUACUUUUCUAACCCAAGGUGUCUGUUUCCUCAUGUUGAUGGAAGUCCAACACUCCAAAGAUGUUUUGUUUUUGACACUACUAAUAAUAUUUCAUGUGUUGUAAAGUUUCAAAUGCUUAAAGUUGUAGUUUUCAAAUGACGUUUUCACCUGCUGUUGUAAAUAUGUACGGUAAACAUAAACGGGUUGAAGAACUCUUAACAUUUAAUUGUAUCAUUUUAGGCAUGUGAAAUGCUCGGUGUAUGUUCAAUUCCCAGUUGGCGCCCCAACAACACCCAGCCAUGGCAGGUGUGUGGUUAAAUGGUUGCAUCCAGUGUGAAAACUAAGCUAAAUAAAUGAUGCAAUUGA